CGAGCGAUAUUGGUUGAACAGUUUUAAUACCAUCGUGUUCGUUUGUAGUUGGAAAAGACGGAAAAAGUGUAUAACGGAGUCUUAGUCGUCGUCGUUGCAAAAUAUAACCUCUUAAAUAAAAUGAUACAAUUUUUAUCUGGAUCGCUUAAAGUUUUGUUCUUUCGACAAAUUUGACUUAACCAAACUUGAAUUAUUUUAUUAACGCGGUAAUAAACUAAAUAUACGCAUCAUGAAAGUUAUCGUGAAAAAACUUCAGGGGAAAGAAUAUAUUAUCGAUAUUAUGCCAACAGAAACUGUCUUACAACUGAAACAUAAAUUAAGUGACCUUUUAGGCAUUGAGGUACCACAACAAAGAUUAUUGCUCACAGGCAAAACAUUGGCUGAUGAACAGCCAUUAAGUUUUUAUCCAGCAAUUAAGGAUGGAAGUAGACUUAACUUAGUUGUUAUAAAGAAAGCAGAAGAAGGACCAAGUGAGGCUAAAUCUUAUCACAAAACUGGAACACAAAUUUUGAGAGAUGAGGUUACCAGAGUUUUAAGGCAUUAUUAUACAGAAUCUGAAGCAGAAUCAAUCGUUAAUGAGUUAAUAAAAGACUUGAAGAACAAAGUAAAUAACCUUAGUUACGACGACUUGGAAAGAUUCGCAACAGCAUUAUUACAGGACCAAGAAAAUAUAGCUUAAGAUUAUUUCAAUUUUGCAAUAUCGCUUAUCAAUCGAAUAUAACUUUAUUUAAUCGA